AUGGCAAGUCGAGCAGCUCAGCAGCAGCCCUCCCACAGUCCCACCCAUCCUCUUCAGUUCGUCACCUCUCUACCUUCUCUCCAACAGUCGACCGCCUUCAUCCCUCCUCUCCAGCCGUCUUCUCCAGCAUCGCAAGUUUGCAGCAGGGGGCUUCGUCGCCGGCUGCGCCACGUCCUCGCCGCCAGUCUCCAGAAUCGCGCGUCGUCGUUAGUUGCACCGUCAGUCUCCACCAUUACCAAUCACGCCUCUUCCUCGCCGUCGGUCUCCAGCAUCGCCAGUCGUGACUCGUCCUCGCCGUCGGUCUUUAGUAUUGAAGAGGCUACUGUCACGCCUUCAACGGUCGAAAAUGCGAACUCCUUGAAGAGGAAGUCUGAUGAUAUUGGUUGGGAAUAUGGAAAGCUCGUCGAUCCAAACAACAAGGAUAGAGUCAUAUGUAACUUUUGCAAGAAUGUAAACACAGAAGGAAUUAACCGUUUCAAGAAACACAUUGCUCAGGUUGGUGGUGGAGUUGCCAAGUGUAAGAGUUUCCCAGAUGAACCUAAAUUGGCAUGCUUGAAAUGGUUGGAAGGAACAGAAAAGAAGAAGCAAGAUAAGGUUGUUCGUGAGCUAGGUUUGAGAAGUGAUGUUAAUGUCUCUUCCGGUGUACAACAGGAAGAAGGCCUUACUUGUGUAGUUGUUGCAUUCAAUUCCAUUGAGAAUGAUGAGUUCAAGCAAAUGGUUGAGGCUAUUGGUCAAUUUGGUCCUGGAUUGAAGCCUCCUACACAAUAUGAGCUUCGAGAGCCUUUGUUGAAAGCUGAGUAUGCAAGGACUAAGAGCUUGUUAAGUGAUCGAGAGGUGGAGAAGGAAAAGAAUGGUUGCUCUAUUAUGACUGAUGCUUGGACAGACAUGAAGAGGAGAAGCAUCAUGAACAUAGUCACACAUUGUGCUGAGGGAACCAGCUUUAUAAAGUCGAAGGACACAUCAGGGAUUUCUCACACAGGUGAAGUAAUCUUUGAGCUAGUGGACAAUGCAAUCGAGGAAGUUGGAGCUGAACAUGUGGUGCAAGUGGUGACAGACAAUGCUUCCAACAAUAUGGCAGCAAAGGCCCUCUUGUUGGAGAAGAGGCCGAACAUAUUUUGGAGUUCUUGUGCAACCCACACCAUCAAUUUGAUGCUCCAAGGAAUCGACAACAUACCAAGGUUCAAGAAAAUUGUAGAUCAAGAUAAGGGGUUCACCAUCUUCAUAUAUGGCCCCCACCGCACCUUGGAAUGCAUGAGAUCCUUCACCAAAAAGAGAGAGAUCAUCCGACCAGGUGUGACUCGAUUUGCUUCUCAAUUUCUUACUCUACAAAGCUUGUUUGAUAAGAAACAGUCUUUGAGGAAGAUGGUGGUGGAUGCGAAGUGGGAAAAUAUUAAGGAGACGAGUUCAAAGAAGGGCAAGGAGGCUUAUUACACGGUUCUUAGUGUUAGGUUUUGGAAUGGUGUGGAAGUUUGCUUGAAAGUCUUUGAGCCAUUGGUGAAGCUUCUUCGAUUAGUGGAUGGGGAUGUGAAACCUUCUAUGGGUUUUGUGUAUGGUGAACUUUUGAAGGCAACGAUAGAGAUAAAAGAGGCGUUUAAGAAUGAAGAACUUCGUUACAAAGAAGUCAUUGCUAUUGUGGAGAAGAAGAUGAGAGGCAAACUUGAUGCUCCAUUGCAUCUAACGGCAUAUCUUCUCAAUCCUCACUACAGUUAUGCCGACUCCUCAAUAUUUGAUAAUGCCGACAUUACAACAGCAUUGAUCACUUGUGUUGAGCAAUUCUACCAUGGUUGUGAUGAGGAUAUAUAUGAUGAGGUGGUGAACAUUGAGUUCACAAAAUUUCAAAGGAAAUAA